AUGACUUCAACCUUUUGGAUUGCGGGGGCCCUGUGCUGCCUGACGUGGCUCUCAGAGAUGGUGCCUGCCGGCUCCAUGAGGAUCGACUCUGAGAAAGCAAAUGACUUCCUGACUCACUCCAGACCAAAGCGCAACGUGGACCCCAGAUGGUACAGAGGAAACCCUGACUUCCAGGCCUACUACCGCUACUACAGCAGCAUUGGACACACCGAGGGGCUGUAUGAGAUUGACAAACUGAGGAUGCUGUACCAGCAGAUGAGGCACCUGGAGCAUACCUACGGCCCCAACGCCUCCUACUUCCAGAGCAAACUGGGAGUCCCCGUUGUCCCAUGCGACCCGGCCACAGACAAGAAAUGCAAACUGCUACCCCCUCCCCCGCCAAUGAAAGGCGCCCCGAAGCCGACAGACCCCCCCCCUCCGCCGCCAGCUAUCUCCCAGGCUGACGUGCUCUACUUAUGCAACGCCAAAGACCCCCUCUGCAAGCCCCACAUUGUCUACCUGCCAACAGGGGCUGUGCCUGUACUCUGCGACCCGCGCUACCACCCCCACUGCAAGCCCCAGAAGGUCCCCGUCGCAGUCGCCAUGCCCCAGGCCCCUCCUCCCCCUCCUCCUCUGAAGAAGAUGGUCCUUCCCCCUCCCCCGCCAGUGGUAAUUAAGAAGUCUCCUCCGGCCCCCAUCCGUACCUUCAAGGGUAUGGAGUAUGACUGCGACCCUUACUGGGAUCCCGACUGCCUGAUUGACCACCCGCCCAGGCCCAUCAAGGGCAAGGUGAUCCUGCCUCCGCCCCCGCCUGCAGAGGAGGAGGAGGAAGAGGAGAAAGCACCUGUGGAGGAGCCGGCACCCCCGGCGCCCAUUGCCAAGAAAGUGGCUCUCUACCCUUACUCUUAUUACCACCCAUACGACCCCAGGGAUGAUCUCUAUGACCCCUCCCGCUUCCAAUACCCUCAGCCGGCUGCGGCUGCAGAUGAGCUGGCAGAAGGCAGUGAAUAG